AUGCUCCAUGUACAUUGUGUUCACAGGCUCCCCCUGCUCCUCCUGUGGGGGUCUCUCCUCUUUGGAGUGGUCAGUUCCAGCCCAACCCCAAGGACGCUUUUUGGAGAGAUCACAUCCCCCAAUUACCCCAAGCCAUACCCCAACAACAACAUCAGCACCUGGGACAUCACAGUCCCAAAGGGCUUUGUGGUGAAGUUGGACUUCUGGCAGUUCGACCUGCACCCAUCUGAGUCCUGCCUCUCUGACUAUGUCAAGAUCACAGCAGAUAAGAAAGACCUGGGCCAGUACUGUGGCCAGCUAGGCUCAGCCACAGGCAACCACCCGGGAGUCAGGGAGUUUGUGUCCAAAGGGAACUGGAUGAGGCUGAUGUUCCACUCGGACUUCUCCAACGAAGAGAACGGCACCCUUAUCCCCUAUAAGGGCUUCCUGGCCUAUUACCAAGCCGUGGAUCUGGAUGAGUGUGCCCAUGGCAACGCCCUUGAGGAUAGGUGCCCACAGCCUGUGCCAAGGGACCAGUUCACCCUCAUCAAAGACCUGCAGCCCCUGUACCGAAUUCGUGACUACUUCAACGUCAGCUGCCAGAGUGGGUAUGAACUGAUGGAGGGUGACCAGAAGUUGGCAUCCUUCAGCGCUGUCUGCCAGGAUGAUGGGACUUGGCACCGACCCAUGCCCCGGUGUGAAAUUGUGAGCUGUGGUGACCCAGAAAAGCUCACCAAUGGGGCCUUCAAUUAUGUUAGCGAACACGGGAACAACUACUACCAGUCAGUGAUCACCUACCGGUGUGAGGAGCCUUAUUACCGCAUAGUCACCAACAGCAGGAGUGAUACAUACAACUGCUCCGCACUGGGCUCCUGGGCAGACCAAGACGGCCAUGAGGACAUCCCCGUGUGUUUAACAGUGUGUGGGAAGCCAGACAAACCCAUCACUGGAAUCCAGCGGAUCAUCGGUGGCAGCACAGCACCGCCGGGAAGCUUCCCAUGGCAGGCGAAGACACACAUCUUUGGGCUCGGGGGUGGGGCGCUGCUGGGUGACCGCUGGAUCCUGACAGCUGCUCACACCAUCUACCCCAAGCAACACAGCUCAGUGACAGAGACAGGUGUUAGGAUGAGCCCUGCCGAGGUGGCUGAGAAGAUCAACGUGUUCCUUGGCCACACAGAGGUGAAUAAGAUCCACGAGAUGGGUAACCACCCCGUCCGCAGUGUGUCUGUGCAUCCCGACUACGACCCUGAUGAUGAGAAUAAUUUUGAUAAUGACAUUGCACUGCUGAGGCUGACGGCGCCUGUGAAGAUGGGCCCCAAGAUCUCACCACUCUGCCUCCCUGGUGGUUCCCCGGAAUAUGAGCUGGAGAAAGGCAGACUGGGCUACAUAUCUGGCUGGGGCCGGACAGAGAACCGAAACAGAGUUUACCAUCUCAUGAAGGCGCAGAUCCCCGUGGUGGACAUGGCACAAUGCCGUAGUGUUAAGCCGAAGCCACCUGCUGAUCCCACCACUUUCCAAUUCACUGACAACAUGGUCUGUGCUGGAGAUGGCACAAAGGACAGCUGUUCUGGGGACGGUGGCGGAGCCUAUGCCAUCAAAGACCCCCACAACGACAGACAGUACUAUGUGGGUGGCCUGGUCUCCUGGGGACCACGGUGUGGCACAUAUGGCCUUUACACCAGAGUGCAGCGCUACCGGGACUGGAUCAUAGGGACCAUGAGCUGA